AUGUUCACUGCCAUACUGAUGGGUGCCUACCGUGAUGAAUGGCCCGGCAUACGCAUCGUAUACGGAAAAGACGAGCAUCCUCUCAACAGCAGGCGCAUGCGGAAUCGAACGUGGCGAUCUUCAGCCACGGCCCAUGAUCUGCUCUUCGCUGAUGACUGCGCACUCAACAGUACGUCCGACGUGGUCAUGCAACGGUGGAUGGACCUCCUCGCGACCGGGUACGCCAACUUCGGUCUGACUAUCAACGCGGACAAAGCGAUGGUCAUGCACGAAACAUCACCCAACACGCAACACUACACUCCUCUGAUCUCGGUCGACGGCAGCCAACCUAAAACCGUAAAAAAUUUUGCUGAUCUCGGAAGCACGCUUUCCAGCAGCACAAGGGUCGACGGCGAAGUAGCCCACGGAAUCGUCAAAGCCGGCCGAGCCUUCGGCCGGCUGCAGUACUCCGUGUGGAAUAGGCACCGCCUACAACUGAAUACCAAACUGAAGAUGUACAAGGCCGUCAUUCUGACGACACUUCACUACGAAGCAGAGACCUGA